UCUACGUAGAGUCUCGACUAGUUUCAGUUUGAAUUUUUGUGUAGUGAAUUUAUAUAAUUUUUAUUUGCCAGUCAAAUGUUUGACUCUUAAAGACAAUUAACAAUAACGCCUCACAAAUUCCAAGCAGGCAGAUUGACGGAUUCAUCGCAGCGAGAACGGUGAAGUGUGAACUAAGUGGAGUGUGAAGUGGACUGCGAUUCGGAUUUUAUCCUUAAUUUUAUCAUUUUUAUGAUCCUUUUAUUUUUGAUACGUUAUUGAGCAGCUGUUCGGAAUCUUAAUUUCGCGGAUUCCGAUUGAAAGCCGUUAUCGGUACAAGCCUACAAGGUUCCGUGCGCACUAUGGACCCAUCAUACCGCUCGCCGUACAUCAGACGGAAAGAUCCCACUCUCGAUCCCCCGGAGAACUGGGUGGAGAAGCUCUCCAACAGGCCCAAAGUUUCGUGGACAAGGAAGCUGUUCCGACGUUUUCGCCUUCGGGAUGAACGGACAAUUGCUGGGAUCCUGGUCGUUGUUUCCGUGGGUACUUUCUUUUACCCUCUUUUUAAAAUGGUGGUGGAUGAUGCGGUAAAUUGUUGGAAGCAUCCAGAACUAAUCGAUAUAUUUGGAUAUUUCACGCCAGAACAAAAGGCAGAAAUCCGACGAGAGCAAAUGAGUGUAAAAUCAUUCAGUGAUGCAAGAAAGUUCAUAACGCGUCGAGCGGAGAUCAAGGAAGAAUAUCAACGCGAGCUCGACGAGCGAUCAGCAGCAGUGAAGGCUGCCAAAGCACAAAAACAGCUCUAAGUUCUUGUUCGCAUUGUUGUUUGAAUAUCUAAUUUCUCAGCACGGCUUCAACUGUAAACAAAACAUCAAAAAAUCUGUAACAAAAAAAUUGUGUGUUGUACUGCAAAAAUAACCCGCGUGAAUAAAAACAAUUCGU